AUGGGACUCCUUCCUCUGAGUCUGAAUCUGAAUCUGAGCCUGAAGCCGCCGUUCCCGAUCCUGCUGCUAUGCCUAAGCAUUUCCACUUCGGUCAGCGGCUAUCUGAACAUUUUCAUCAGCCACCACGAGGUGAUGAAACUGAUGGGACUCGAGGCGGACCUGUUCUAUGUGCACGAGGGAGCCAUCAACACAUACGCAAUGCACUUCACCGUGCCAGUGCCUGCGGAUGUCCACGAGCUGGAGUUCUCCUGGCAGAGUCUGAUUGCCUACCCGCUGCCGUACGCCAUUAGUAUCGAGUACAACAACGACCAGGAGGCACUGGGCACGCCCACGCUGAGCAUUCCGCACAAGGGCCUGGUGCCGCAGGAGAUCGAGUCCUUCCUGGUGUACCUGCCCUGCACCGGAAAUGCGAGCCUACAGAUGCCCGUCAAUGUCAACAUGGUGGUGCGUGCGCCUCCUCGAUUCAACGACACCCGGCUCCACUUCAAGCGCAAUAAGAUCUGCGCCAAGGGCAUCUCACCUGAGCCCAAUCAAUCGCCGGCGCCAGCACACGCCCCCUCCCAAGGACCCGCCCUCCUCAGCGCCGCCGCCUGUGCUCUGGGCCUGGUUCUGGCCGUGGGACUAGUGGCCAGCAUGAUGUAUGUGAGGGCGCGCAAGCAGCUUCGCCAGGACUCGCUACACACCAGUUUCACCACCGCAGCUUAUGGCAGCCACCAAAACGUGUUCAUCCGCCUGGAUCCCCUGGGAAGACCGCCGAGUGCCACGGGCUCCUAUGCGACCAUUGCCAGCCUCAACAAAUACCCUGCGGACAGCAAAAAGUCGUGCAGCAUAUUCGACCGUUUCCGGAGCUCACCCAUCCCCACGCCGUAUGCCACCGCCCUGCUGCCCAUGAACCUCGAGCAGACCGCAGAGACGAUUUACUCGAAGCCAGAGUCGAUCUGUCCCUCGAGGAUUUCCUACUACGCCUCCUCGCAACUGACCCAGCCUUGCAGCCUGUCGACGCCGAAGAGCAUUCGCAGCAACGGCAACGGCAACUGCACCAGCGGCAGUGGCAGCUUGAGCCUCUUUGGGGGCAUCCCCACCGGCAGCACCAUCACCAUGGCCAGCCACGGCCAUGAGAAGGGCAACCAACGGCUGCGGCGGAUACCUAGCGUCCAGCCGGGCGCCCUCAGCUACGAGGAGCUGGUCAGGGAGGGCACCUUCGGCAGGAUCUAUGCCGGCAAGCUGGGCGAGUCCUGCGAGGCGCUGGUGAAGACCGUCAUCGAUGGCGCCUCGCUCACCCAGGUGGCCUGCCUGCUGCAGGACGCCUCCCUGCUGAUCGGCGUCAGUCAUCAGCACAUCCUGGCGCCGCUGCUGGCCAACACGGAGCUGCCGGGUCCGCCGGAGAUCGCCUAUCCCCAUCCGUCCAAGGGCAAUCUCAAGAUGUACUUGCAAAAGUCGCGGGAGUCGAGCACGGCAUUGAGUACGCGCCAGCUGGUGGAGUUUGGGCUGCACAUCACCAAGGGAUUGGCCUAUCUGCACUCCCUGGGCAUCGUGCACAAGGACAUAGCCACACGCAACUGCUACCUGGACGAAGAGUCCUAUGUGAAGAUCUGCGAUAGCGCCCUGUCCCGCGACCUCUUCCCGGACGACUACGACUGCCUGGGCGACAACGAGAACCGGCCGCUGAAGUGGCUGUCGCUGGAGUCGCUCCAGAAGCGGGUCUACGCCACCCAGGGCGAUGUGUGGGCCUUGGGCGUCACCUACUGGGAGCUGGUCACCCUGGCGCAGAUGCCGCACGAGGAGGUGGACAUAUUCGAGCUUACCAAUUACUUGGCUGCCGGCUUCCGGCUGGAGCAGCCCGUCAACUGUCCAGAUGAAUUCUUUACGGUCAUGAACUGCUGCUGGCACUGCGAGGCCAAACAGCGACCUACGCCCUCCCAGUUGCUAUCGUAUCUGCAGGACUUCCAUGCGGAUCUGGGCAUGUACAUCUAAGCGAGACGAAGGACUGA